AUGAAGAGUUUAAUAAUUAUCCUCUCAAUCGCAACAUUUGCUUGUGGUGUCCAGUACAAUGGACUAAGAGUAAAAUUCGGCUGGUCAGACGCGUUGGUGGACAAAGAGUACUUUUACAAUAUCCCCAGAACGAUCGCUCAAGCGGAAAAAGAAGGUUGGCGAAGGACUGAGAGACCACCAGGCCCUCUGCCCGAGUUAAGGCUAUAUUGUCCUUCUGAUAGAUACGUAUGCCCCCUAUUCGACUCCGCUGGAUUCGUCGCUGGAUUGCAAAUUGCUUUCCCGGUUGAUGAGUUCGAAUCUCCAACCAUAAAACCUGAGAAGAGAUUCGUGAAAUGGCGUGCUCCAGCUACGGAUUUUGAACCAGCUAGGGACUACUGGACCGCCACACAUUAUUAUGUCUCUGCAGAAUCUCUGAAAGCGGGCGCUGGUCCUACAGUAGAGAACGGUGCGACAUUGCAAGAUGGCGGUGUAUGGGUCAGUGACCUUGAAGGACAACUCAUCAGGAUUCCAAGCACCGAAGCCGAGCUGAACACUACCUUGUUUAAAAAACAAAACUGCAUCCCCAAUAUGGGAACUCAUUAUCACUGGAACAUGACCCCCGAAAAGAGCUGUGAUGAUAUUCUACCGUGGUUCGCGUUGACCAGCAAGUCUGACCUCAUCGGAGUGGGCUUUCAGUUCUUCGCCAACCUCCCACCCACGCCUGCUGGCAAACGAGACUGGUUCGAGCGUUACACAGAAAAGAAUCCUUCUGGCUACGAGAUGGUGACUCCAUUUGCACCCAAGUGCUACCUCGAUUACGCCUCAAAGUAUAAUGGUAUUGGUCUUCAUGUCUACUUCAUUGAUGACCCGUGGAACAUUCGUUGCCAGCCCGGAGAUUCUGCAAAGUCUGCAGCUGUCCUGGAUCGCGUAAAGCUGAAUGGUGCAAGAUACGCGAACAAGAUGUACGACGAAGUGAAAAAGGCCGCACGGCUACGUGGACUUAGAGUAAAAUUCAACGUCGGUCUCCGCCCCGGCACUGACUUCUUCUUCGACGUCCCCCGCACUACACUUAAUGCUAUCUUGAAUGGCUGGAGUGUAACCCAAGGAACAGCUAACAUCCCUAACUCCAACCUCACCUUGUACUGUGCUUCAGACCGUAUUCUGUGCGCUUUCUUCGACACCACAGACAGAAUCGCUGGUCUCCAAAUUGCUCACGACCAAAGCGAGUUCUCAAACAACCCUUACGAUUGGGCCACACAAGGUCACUCGUUAUGGACUCCCCCUGUCAGCUUCGGACAAAGGCGCAGAACUUACUGGGUCACCCAGAUUUUCUUCAUUUCCCCGGAAACAGCCGCAAAGGGCGUACCGGUAACUCCCACGAACGAAGAAAGCAUUCUGAGAGAGAACGAUCUCUGGGUGACUGGCAUUAACAAGGAGAUUUACAAAAUCUCCGGCGACGAGGAAGAGAUCAAAAAGACAAUUUUCACCAAACAAGCCUGCAUCCCAUGGAUGGGUGAACACUACUACUACAACAUGACCGAAACCACUCCCUGUACCGCGGAAGGAAUCUUCCCAUGGUUCCCUCUUGUUGACUCUGGCAAAUUGGAAGGUGUUGGGUACCUAGUUGCUGGCAAAUUGGAUCUCGUUAGCGGCAGACGUGACUGGUUCGAGCGACCUGGAGAAGGCGCUGUCAAGGCAAUCGUACCCAGGGGACCUCAGUGCCUCUAUGACUUGACUAGGAACGUCGGAAUUGUUACCAUGCACAUCUACUUCACUGACCAACCUUGGUACAUUGGUUGCCCAAUUUGGUAA